AUGGACAUAGAGGAACCCAUGCAGAUUGGAGCACUAAAUACAAUGCUCACAGUAACUGAAAAGGCCAGAAGGAAAGCCAAAGGCCUUUGCUUCUAUUGUGGCAAGGGAGGCCACUACAUCAGCUAUUGCCCGAUACGUUCUCAUCACCCUAAACAAAGCCAUGUGGGGGCUCUGUAUCACCAUCCAGCAAGUCCUCCAUGGCCCCUUUUUUGUUCAACUCUGCAUGCUACUGGACCGAAAAGACCACCUAACCAGACCAAUGGCACCAUCACAGCCCUGGCUAAACCUGCUCCUGUUCCAGAGCCUCAAAAGGAGGCUGCUGUGGCUACCUUCCAAUCCCCAGCCUCUUUCUCCCCUAAUGUUUCCUGCUUCAACAGAAAUUAUCCUUAUGUGGCAGCACAUAUUUUAAUAACUCCCAUAGACAUAAGUAGGAACUUUUUUGCAUUUGUAAUCCAUAUGAAAAUCUGCUUGGGAGACAAGAGAAUCUAGUCCUAUAUUGACUGCCAAGGAGUAAAUUCCAUUAUGAUUGAGAUAUAUCCCAUAUGACACAAACAACUUCCUGCCCGAUUUCCAGGAAAAGCGAUAGAUGUGAUACAUUUUUCUCAGAGCUGUUGAUCUGAAAUGCGGUCAGCCUUGUUGACUAAUAUACAAUAUUUUCUGUUGGAACAGACACUAAAAGCAUUACAUUUUCUAAAAAAAAUAGCUUUGCUUAUAUGUGACAAGUUUGGGUAUGGCCGCCAACCAAAUUCAAACAGCAAACAAUUCCAAAAGCAAAUAAUCAUAUUACUGUCAUCAGGAUGAGAGGCACACAUUUAUUCUCUUCUCUCCUCAUUCUUUUUUUUUUCAGUGAUCAUUUAUUGCUUUGCCAAGAUCACAUGUAAGUUAAUAGGAAUGCUGUCUAUGGUGGGUUCAAUCUUACUAAACAGUAGGAGAAGGAGAUAUGUCCUGAUUCACAAUGCCCCCACCAGAUAGGUGUCUGUAGUGUUUGACAUGAGACAGAUAUCAGUAAUUUUAGAGGGGAAAAUAAAUGCAAAUAUCAUUAGAUAUAGAAAUGUGAUAGAAAUAUCAUAUAUAGUAUUCAAGGUUUGCAUCAUUGUAUGGAUGAGUUAAAAAGAAAUAAAGCUGAAAGAACCCAUCUCCUCUUAAAACUCUAAACUCCUAGAAUCAAAUUACAAGUCAAGAGUCCUGAAAGAUAGAACCACCAUUUCCUCUCCUUCAUCCUAAUUAAGCAAUGUAAUAAUAAUUAUAAUGAUAAGAAGAUUAGAUUUUGAGAAUUCCCAUUAAUGUGUGGGAUAUGUGUUCCACUCUUUAUGCCCCAUGAUCUGCCCUUGCCUAUUCUAUAGUUCAUAGACAUGGGGAUAUACAAUAUGAUCUCAUUGCAUAUAACCACAUGGAAAUCCUAGGACAAGAACAUAAAAGGGAUUUAAAAUAGUAUUUUUCUAUAAUGUGAAUGGAUUAGGAAAUGAUAAGGUGAAUUCGAAAUUUGUCAAGUGACCAAAAGAUUGUUAGUCGCCAAUUCUCGAAUGAUAAAAGGUAUCUCUAAACCACCAUUAAUGACCUUGACAGCUAGGCUGAAACUUGCUGUGUUGAGCCAUUUUAGGCUCUUCAAGGCAGAUUAAUAUUCAGAUCCUACAAAAAACUUUUGGAUUCAGUCUGGCUACUCAUAUAUUUCUUCUGGACCCUGUUUGGUGCAGGUUUAUUCCAGGUACUGCUUGAGACUGGACCUUCAACCCAGCAAGGUAUAGUUUUCUUUCUUCAAGCCUGUCAACAUCUUUUUUCACUCAAAACCAGCUAUUGGUGUAAUUAAAUCACAAAAAGCACUACAUUUUCAGACCAAUGCACACAGAGAAUCCUUUAGGAUAUUAUAGGAGAGGGGUAGGCAACUUUCAGCACUGCAGAUGUUGUAGACUUUGUCUUGACCUUGUUACAUUGCCAGCAUUAUGGCUGUGAGAGCAUUAUGGGAGAUGUAGUUCACAACAUUUGGAGUUCCGAAUGUUGCCAACCUUUAUUAUAGAAUACAAGGAUCUUUCAGUCAUCACAAAGCAGAGGUUUGCUGAGGCUUUACGAGCUAGGAUCCUGUUUAUGAAUAACUGAAUUUAAUUAUGUAACACCAUAAUAUUCUGUGGAAAACAAUCAUUAAGCACUGUAGAGCUGGGGCUAAUGUAUUUUCUUUUCUGCACAAUUGUAUAUGAUAGCUGUCUCUCCAGUCAGCUGGAAAGUCUAAAAAUAAUUCAUCACAAGUCACGAACCUUGAAAGCCACUGAGGUCACCCAAAUAGGAACAUACUUGCUUUAUAUUCCAGAACUGGAUUUGAGAAUGGAAGGAAAACAGCUAUGCAUGCUAACGGGAAGGAAAAUGAAGAAAUGGAAAAGGUAAAAAAAAAAACACUGUUGACUGUCCAAAAAUUGCUGCAAACUCAUUCAGCUACUAGACCUGCUCAUCGUGGCUUAAAAGAAAUUAACAUUUCUUAAACGUGCACCUUUUAGAUUCAAUCGUGUUUACAGUCAAACAUCAGGUGUUUUUAAGGAGAGUUAUGUGGUGUUUCAACCUUUUGAGGACAUUUCUGAGGGUUUGGACUGUCUAAAAAUCAAGCACUAGAAAGGAAUAGACGUGGCAUUAUUCUCAACUGGCAGAUGGGUUAGAAGGGUUUGCAGAUAUGCACAGAAAAGUGAUUUGACCCAAGAUGUCACAGAUUGACUGUAAGUGGCUAAGGCUGGGAUCAAACCCAAUAUUAUUUAUACAACAUCAACACAUUAACCGCAAAACCACACCUUCUCCACAUUCUGCACAUAGCUUCACCAUCAUGCUUUUUUAUCCUGGCUGCUUGCCCAUUCCCCAAUACACGGAAAUACAGUGAAAGUAUUUAUAUUCUAGCCAAAUCUGCUUAUUCUUAUUUUAGUUCCUGACAAGGUAGCACACUGUAUGUUCACUGUUAUUCUUAAAUGUAUUUCUAACUAAACAGAGCUCUAAAUACUUAUACACAAAUGGACCAAAAUAUUCUGAAAGGCUCUGUGAUGGAAUACAUAAUAUGCAUUUCAUUAGGCUAAAUUCACAAUGGCCGUCUGUCUCUUGUAUCUGCAAUAAACCAUCUACCUUCUCUCACAUAGAAAGGAUUAACUUAAUUCCGAAUCCAUUAAAACCAGUUCAAAAUGUAUAAAUCAGUGUUAACCUUUUAAUACGUGUGUCCUGCCUCUAUACAUUUCCUUUUUCUUUUUCUACAGAGAUCGAUAAAAACUCAUUUUCUUGUCAUAUACCUUAACAAAAGCAUAGGAACGUAUUGUGGGUUCCAGAACAUUAUUUAAAGUAAAGAUCUGAUUUAACAUUGGGGGGCUCAGUUUGGCUUCCCCAGCUACUGAAUUCUUAUAGAAUGAGUGCCUCCUAGUGGCUGGACUCCAAAACUUUCCAAGCAUUUGCCAUUUUUCUCAAUUACCCAGUAACCCUCUACUCUAUGGAAUAGUUAUGGUUUUAGAUUUUAUAAAAGCACUAAUAUAUUUGAGGGAGGGGGACAAUAAUAAUCUGUCUGUAACACAAACUAAAGAAAAAAAAAUCAUGGGGAAAACUAUAUGUAUCUUGCAACACGCUGAUUGUUCAAUUUUCCUGGCUUUUUGGUCAGUUCUUCACAUCCAGUUUCCGAAUUGAUAUUUGGCCAAGUCAAACUGACAUCCGACCCAAUUUUGGGUGUCCCAAAAAUGUUUCUAUCUGCUGAGAAAAUGAUUCAGUAGUACUAAAGGUUUUUACUGUACACAAGUCUAAUAAAUAGCCAUCUUCCUAGUAAAUAAUUACUUUUUUCCUUUCCAAGUGACACCUUUUUUGAGAGAAUUUAGUUAUGUACUGGCCACUAAGGUAGUUUCGGUGUAUGUUAUGACUAUAACUUUCGGCCAUUAUUCUGUUGUGUGUAGUUAUGUCAUGUAUGUAUUUAAAGUUCAAAUACCAACAGGAAGAAAUCCCAUUAUUGAUCCCUGCAAAAUACCAUGCCAAGUCUUAUAUAACGACUGAUGGAUAACUAUCAGUUACACUGAGUUCCAAUAGGCAGUCUAUGCAUUCUAGCAAACAUUACUUUCUAAGUUCAGGUUUAUAAAAAGAUAUGUGUUUUGUUUGAAGUUGAAACCAAAUCAAAUACAUUUAUAAAAGAGGGAUCUAAACUUUUUCUCUACGGAUAUCGACAGUAUACAAUGCGUUCUGAAAUAACCUGCUACUGCUAUAUAAGAAUUAUUAAAUAAAUGAGUGAUGGCAUUAAGCACAUAAUGUCUGUGUGCAGGAGAUCAGACACACGGUUUGUGCUGAAUCAUCCCAUCCGCUUCAUAGUGAAUUCAGUUCUAACCUUUAAAGUUUCACAAACCAACUCUGAGAACUUGCUGUGCUCAACUCCCUAGCUUAAGGUCCAUGGACAACAUUCGCUGUUGCUAUGAAGCCAGUUUAUUAUCAUUUUAGAGGAUUUCAUGACUAGCUGUGUGUAAAAUGGAAAGAAUUUAGCUGAUCUAUUUGGUUCCAACUGGACUAAUUCUCCUUUUUGUCUGUCCUGACACAGCCAAAUAAGUUACUGUUUGUUUUUUUCCAUUAAACUGACAUUAUGGGUUUAAAUGAUUGUUUUUGUAAUUUCUGUCUUUUCUCUCAUAUAAUGUGGACUUCUUUAUACCAUUUUGUAUGUUAUCCCCUUAAGGACACAAGCCAUUUUUGUAUUUUUUGCUGUUUGUGUUCAAACACAAUUUUCAUCUCAAAAACAUAUUAUAUACCAUUUUUUUAAAGGGCGACCAGGCUAUCAUUUUAUGUCACAUAUAGAUAGAUAAAUUCUCAUUAAUUAUAAAACAAAAUGCCAAAAAAUUGGAAAAAAACUACUUGUAGGUUUAGUAGCCAUCACAGAAAACAACAUUGACACAUAUACAAUAUGCCCAAUGUAUGACCUAGACACUAUGUUGUGAAGUUACAGUUCUGUAAGAGACGUAACAGUUCAGGUUUUUAAGUGUGAAUUUUAAGGGUUUUGAUGCGUCCAUGUCCCACUUUGGAGCACUUGAGCAGGCUACAUAUUCCAACUACACCAUAAAGGCAUACCAUUUCUUAAAUAAGACAUCCCAGGGUAUUUCAAAAGGCAUAUUUUGAACCUUAGCUUGGGACAAUUGUUCCGCUAGCUUGUACCAAGUGUAGAGAUAAUAAGCAUUUUUCCUGCCUUUUUGACACACAAAGUGAGUUUGCACAGUAUAUUUUGCAAACCUUAUGUGUGCUACGACUGUAUAAUACUUCAUGUUGCUCAGCUAUGUAGUCUGAGUACAGCAAUACUCCCAAAUGUACCUUUGCCAGGUAUAUAUGAAUGUUGAAGGGGCACAUUUGAGACACAGCCAUUCAGUUUUUUUCUAACUUUGAAGUUUUACACUGUGUCCAUGUUCCAUUUUGGAGUAGUGUAGCUGGUUUGUUAUUCAAACUUCCCCACAAACACAUACUAUUUAUUAAAGAAAACACCCCGGAAUAAUUUAAAAGGCAUAUUUUGAACCUUAGCAUGGGAUCAUUUCUUUCUAGUUUGUUCCAGUUGUAGUGGUAAUGAGCGUUUUUUAAUGUAUUUUUUAACUUUCUUUUUUUACACUUUUAAAAAUUUGUAUAAACUUUUUUUUACCGUUAAACCCUAACUAGCAGUAAGCAGCACUAACACUAAAUUCUCCAAAUUCCCAUAACUCCCACCCACCUCAGUUAGCAAAAUAUAUAAUUCUUAAAUAUUUAAAUUAAUUAUUGAUAUAUAGUAUAAUACCGUGAUCUGUAUUUUGAUCACUGUAGGCAGUGAUCAACUGGCAGGGAAGGGUUCAUUUUUAUUUGGACUGGGCAAAGUAGGUGGGAUUUUUUUUAUUUUUUUAAACAUUAUUAAAACAAUUUUUUGAAAACUUUUGAAAACUUUUUAAAGCUUUUUUGAAAACUUUUUUAAUGUUUACCCUUAGCUAGCCUAAUACCAAAUUCCCCAAUUCCCCACUAAGUUCCACCCACCCCAGCUAUCUAAAUAUAUAAUUUUUAAAUAUUUAAAUUAAUUAAUAAAGUAAAUGUAACCCCUGAGGGUUAAAAAAAAUCAGAUGACAGUAAUAUGUAGUCCUUGCCAAUUGAUCACUGUAGUCAGGGAUCAUUUGACAUGGAAGGGAUCAAUUUUAUUAAAGCAGGGAAAAGUGGGGGGUGGGAUUUAAAUGUAACUUAAUUUUUUUUUUUUUGCAGGGAGAAGAUCACUUCUGAUCCGUUUCCUUGCACUUCAUACAGAACGCGGUAGCACAGGGAGGUGUUUCAGAAGUCAGGGACAGCGCGAUUGGGUGCUCCCGGUCUGCCUCGAAUACUUAGGCAGACCAGAUGAGCGUUAACCCCACGAUCGCGGUGAUCUGGGGUUAACGUUAGUAAAUGAUGGAAAAGACAAGCUUUCCAUCUUUGGUCAGGAAGGGGUUAAUUACCAUGUAUAAACAAUGUUACAGAUAUUUAUCUCCAUAUUUUCAAUGUAUAUUUGUGUGUGCAUAUGUACAUGAUUAUUGUUCAUAUACCUUUGUGGAUCUACGUGUGUGCAACGUGUGUGAACUAUAUGUAUAUAUAUAUUUAUACAACAAUAUACGUAAGUACACAAACAUAUUUAUUUGUUAUAUUUUCCAAUUUAUUAUGGGGAUUUCCAAGACAAUGAAUGUCCUUAUGCAAAACGUGAGAAUGUCCAGGACUGUAACUGAAGGAAGCCCCUCUAGUCGCUGUCCCGUAGACAGCCACUAGAGGCAGUCUUAAUCAUGCAAAGGAGACAUUGCAACUUCUCUAAAACUGCAAUGAUUUCAGCUGCAGGGAUAAAGGGAGGGGGCACACUGCACCCACACCACUUCAAUGAGAUGAAGAGGUCUUGGUGCCUAUACUGUCACUUUAAAUAAAAGUUCUUCCUUUUCGUGGUUAUUUUAAAAAUUUUUUGUAAUAAAGAGAGCUUAAUAUUUUUAUUAAAAAAAAAAUCGUCUAAAGCAAAAGUCCCAAAUGAUUACUCCAUUCUACUAUCGAUGUGCUUUUGUUUUUCUCUAAAACAAAAUUCUUCUCAGAAUUCUUCAGAGUGUUCUAAUUUUUGUAAUUGACUGUUGUGUACGUAGAGGGUCUAUUUAAAAGGAGACAAUUUGCCUUCAGGCGGUAGUAGUGGACUGUCAAUAAGCUUCUGUGACUGAGCAUCUUGAUUGAAGGCUGAGGUCAGCCAACAGUCAAGUUACACAUUUUGAGUUCGGUGAAAACAAAGCCUUGGAUGCUAUUUAUCAUUCUUAAGAAAACUCAUAGACCAUUCACAAUUAUGAGCUCUGUAGCUUAUUACACAUGCACAACACACAGAGGAAAACGAAGUAUAUCAGAGAAUAAAAAAAGAACACACAGAGAGAAUAAGGUGAUUUUACUUUUCUUUUGUCGAAACAUAGAAGCAAGAAUGCGUUUCUGAAUCUUUAUGCUCCGUAUUUAAUUCAGCCAACCGUUUACUUCCUCUUAAGGUAAUAUAAUAAAGAUUAUGGGGAAAAAAAUCUGGUGUAAAGUGUGGGCAAUAACCAUAAAAUGUUAUAUUCCUGCUGAUUUGAAUCAUUUUAGAACAUUGACCCCCCACAAUCUCCCUUUGCAAGGAACCAGCAUAAAUUUGCUAAUAAAAAUAAUUCUGAACAAAAAUGUAAGAAAAUAUCAGUGUCUGACAGUAAUGUAGCAAUAAUAAUAUUAGUUUAAAAAUUUAACAACAAUAAAAUUUAACAACUUUAAUAUAAUGGUAUAAUAGACCAUGUCCAGGUUCCCCAUUGGGCAUUAACCAAAAUGGCAGUUAUCAGGUAAACACAGCAAUUUCACAUUAAAGUAUUCUAAGAAAAAAACUCCCUUUCUAUGACUUUAUCUAACGUUAUCGUCCUAACACGUGCAGGUUGAGAAUGUACAGUCCAUGCUGUAAAUGCUUCUUAAAUCCCACCAGUUCUUUAAAUCGUAAAGACACACUCCACAUGAAGUGAGAGAUGAUGGAUGAAUGUAUUAUAUAUUAAAAUCACAACAGCUACCUUCUUCAUUCUAGAAGCAUGUUUGUACGAAAAACUACCAGGACAUCAAGAAAGAUUCAACUCAAACUAAAUAUUAAUUUAAGGCAUGAGUGUGUAGGCAGGGAUCCUUGGAUAGAAUGUACCCCACUUGGACUUUGUAAUGACUCUCAGCUUGCAUUAUCAUACCAUAGACAUUGUUAUAUUAUGUAACUGUUUAAAAAGGUCCAAAUCUGUAACACAAGAAUUUUAAAGUUCUGCAGCUCACCAUAAAAAAAUAAUAAAAAACAUGGGCAGUCUCUCUCUGAAUCAUUGUGACUAAUGCUGUAUAUAAUUCAUAAUUAAAUCAUCAUAUCAAUGUCAACCUUUAUUAUAUAAUAAAUACAUGUAUUUCUUUUUGCUCCUUGGCAGCCAACCAGCAAUAUUCUGUCUGUCUAUGUUGUGUAAUGGACUAUUGUACAGCAGACACCUAAAGCAGCACGAGAGCCAGAUUUUGAAGCAGUGAUAGUUAUUGCUCAUUCUAUGGAAAUGUUGUAGAUCUUUGGGGAGUCAGUUGCUGACAUUCAUCCUAAUUUGAUUUAAAGGCAGGGAGUGUGCUAACAAAGAUCCAGAUUCAUGAGCAGUAACUGUGUUUAGAGUUUGCAGCAUGCACACACAUUAUGUCUAUAAAUGGCACAAACUGAUUCAGCAUUAAGCUCUCUUAUAGGGAGGGUAUUUGCAUUCUUCAUCGUGUGUUGUCGUAGGUAUUCAUACUGUGUCUCUGUUCCUUUCAUCCCAAUGGAGAUGAGGGAAGGGGACUUUGAAUCACUAAAGAGGAUCUGAUAUACAUGAUUAUAUUGGCUGGUUAAAGUAAUAGAAACAUUACAAACGGGAAAUUUUGGUUCGAAACCUGGUCAGACCACCUCACCGGCCAGUGACCCUGGGCAAGACACUGCCUACCUCAAAUCCUCAUAGAUCGUGAUCUCAUUUGUACAGAGCCUUCCUCAUCUCUUACCCUUUCUAGAAUUGCAAAGCAGAAUAUCAUGGUGCUAAAUAAAUACUACUGCUAAUAUCUAUUGAUAUUUCCUAUUUCUCCUUUGAAAAUGACCAACAAUAAAAAUACUGGAAAGAUUUGGGGGAUGAGCACCCCACAAUCUUAAGCAGAGAGUGAAUAGAGAAAGUGAGAGAUGAACUCAAAAUUAGAACAACAAAAAAAGACUUUGACCUGAGCACUGAUUAAUGGCAGGACACACAUGCAAGUGUGGUCUCUAGAAGGAAAUAAGUGUGUCGGAUAUGCCGAACCAAUUACAAAGGACCUCUGAUAGUAGUUGGUUAUCAGAGAAGGCUUCAUCAAAAAGUAAAUAUACUGGGGAGAGCAAAGCAAAGGUUGAGUUGUUAAGCUAGACAUCAGAUAGCAUGUCAGAAAAAGACAAUUACCAAAGAUAAUUUGUAAGAUGAACUAGACAGAACAGAAACAAAUACAAGUUAAUUAAGGUAACACGUGUCAGGAAUAAAUGACAUUACAAAAUGGAAUGAUGGUAAUUAAUUUAAAAAAGGGCCAUAAUAAAAUGUCCAGGUCUAUCUAGUCACAGUUCCUGCAAAUGUCACAAGUAAUAACAAUGACAAAAAGCAAUUAAAUGGUAGGAAACAGUCGGUAUGAGAAAAAGGCAGCUCAAGAUAUAUUCCAAAAUGUAUUAAUCAUAAACGCAAGGUGCUAGAGACAUGAAAAAGGAACAUCUAACCAAGACUUAACGCAUCUCGCAGUCACGCUCUUAAUCGUAACUCACAAAACAAGCAUACGUUUAAUAGGUUUCAAUAGCCAUAAAGAUUUUAUUGAACCCGAAACUGCAAUGGGUGAGUGAUCGAGUCAGUUAUUGUUUGACAAGCUUUGGUUAAAGCCUAGAGGAUUUUUGAUGACAGGCCAAGGACAAUUUGUUCCUAGAAGGUCAAAUCUGUUGAUCCUUGUCUGUUUCUCUUAAUAUUCUGACUUGAAACACAUCUACAUGUGUCUUGCAGGGCUAUAUUACAGAGAUGCAAUUGUAAGUUGUGGAAAAAGGAAAAACAGAAUAGGAAACUGAGUGAUUUAACCCCCAGUAUGUGAUAUAUAUUAGAUAAUUACAACAACAGGAGGCUCAAACGGUGGUGAGAAUAUGUUAUUUUAUUGUUUCAUAUAAACAGACAUGCUAUAGAUAGACAGACAGAUACAUUGUGCACAUAUCCAUAAAUGAACAGCUAAGUACUCUUGGUUUAACAUUAUAAAUUGUCUGCUAAUUAAGUAAAUAAUAUGCAUAAAAACGUUCAGUUUCCAUAAAACAUGGAAGGCACUUAAUGUAAACUUCACGAUGCCGCUGGCUGCUAUAAAGAGUCCCUUAUUAAAUUGAACCUGUCCUAAUGCACACAAGUUUAUUUAAAUCAAAAGUAAAUUAAGUUUCAUCUAUAUGUUGUGUUAGCAGUUUUGAUAGCAAAUGUACAGAUUGGGAGAAGACUAUAUUUAAAAAUUGGUGUAAAUCAAUUGUUAAGCAUAGAUCUCAAUGAGAAAGAAUUGAGUGACAGGGUGAGCAGGAAAGCCUUUCUGUGUGUGGUCCUUCUCUCCAAGCAUAAAAACAGCAAUGCGGUACUUGUGCCAACGGUUUGAGUAUCGGGCUGAGGGAAAUUUAAUGGUGCCAGAUAAUCCUAUCACAUCACAAGAACUACCUUCACAACCUGCUUGGGGUAAGCGCCUUUUAUCAUUCGCACAGUGGCCAGCACGAAUGCGUUCAUUUUCACCUGUUUUCAUGUAGUUUGUUUUGUUCUGUAUUACCUUCAUUAUAAUCCUCUUCUUUAUUAUUUCUCUACGAUACCACUGUUAAACUGAGCAAUUACACUUCUGAGACUUUGAUGUGAGACAAGAGCGCAAAUGUGAGACAUACGGCACAAACAGAAUUGCUAUUAGUUGGGUAGUAAGAAAUGGCAUAAGCAAGAGACCUGUCUUUUCAUCUGUAUCACAUUAGGUUACAAUGUCCUUACAAAUUAAUCAUGUGUAUGUAAUGCCAUUCUUGAAUCUAUGUAUUGUGGAUCAAACACUGACUGUAUUUUAUUGUAUGAUACCAACGGUACAGGAAUAUGUGAAUAAUUUGUUCAGUAAAAACAAAUGAAAAAACAACAAAAAAAAAACAACAAUGCAUAAAUGGUGGUCACUAUGACUACUUUCUAACCAAUGCUUCUUCCCAAUGCUUCCUAGGGAGUUUUACAAUGUGGUGACUGAUGUCACUCUGCUCAGGAUCAGGCAUGCUGGCAAUGAAGUCUAUGGUUUGGCAUCAUGGAGGAGGACGUGUCCCCAAGCAGAAUCCAUCCAUUCACAGCGUGGACAGGAUGGAGCAGCCAGACGUGGAUAUUACAGUAAUAUAACUUUCACUGAGCUGCAGAAAUGGCCCAAUGAUAAAGAGAACUAA